AUGAAGCGCCUCGGCGAGCGCUUUCAACAGCGCCGGCAGCAGACGGGGUCGCUGCAGCAGCAGCUGGCCAGCAGCAGCAGCAGCAGCAGCAGCAGAAGCAACACCCAAAGCACAGCAUCAGCACCUGCAGCGGCAGCAGCAGCAGCAGAAGACUCAACCAGAGGCUCGAUUGUGCUUGACUCUGCUGCAGCGCAGCAGCCGCAGCAACAGCAGCAGCAACAACAACAACGCGAGUCUUCCAGUGUCUCCCCAUCAACAGGCCUAGCAGCAGCAGCAGGAGCAGCAGCAGCAGCAACAACAGCAGCAAAAGGCCCGCAUGCAGCAGCAGCAGUAGCAGCAGCAGCAGCAGCUCCAUACGAUCGCUCUAACAGGUCUCCGCGGCAUUCAGGCUAUGCUGCUCAGUACCCAGCAGCAGCAGCAGCAGGAGCAGCAGCAACAGCAGCAGCUGCAGCAGGGCCUUUAUUGAGUCAGCAUCAUCCGUCUGUAGGAGUAUAUGCUGCUGAAGCAGCAGCAGCAGCGACCGCACAAGCACCGGCAACAGCAGCAGCAGCAACAGCAGCAAGACCGUUCGAUAGUGCUGGUGUUAAUGGGGGGCCUGGAGCAGCAGCAGCAGCAGCAGCAGCAGCAGCAUCAGGAGCAGCAACGGCCGUUGGUGUUUCUGCUGCUGCUGGUCCAGCAGCAGCAGCAGCAGCAACAGCAGCAGGAGCAGAACCAUCCUUGCUGCACCCUGCCUUCAGCCUCCACCGAGCAGCAGCAGCAGCAGCAGCAGCAGCAACAGCAGCAAAGCCUGUGAGGGAGUUAAGUCAAGCCCGUGUUAUUUGCUGCUUCCUGCUGCAGCAUGCAGCGCAGCAAGAAGCAGCAGCAGCAAAUCCCCCGUUUGCUGCUGCUGCUGCUGCUGCUGCUAAUACCCUCGGAUUGCUGCCGCACAAGGUGCUGCUGCUGCUUCCUCUGUCUGUUGCUGCACUUCCUGCGCUGAUACGCAAAGCAGCAGCAGCAGCAGCAACAGCAGCAGCAGCUCAGCCGUUGCGGCGCCCGCUGCAGAUAUCAGGUGCAGAUGUUGCUUCUAUCUUAGCACAGGCCAGCGGCAGCAACAGCAGCAACAGCAGCAGCAGCAGCAGCAGCAGCUUGUGUGGGGUCCCUGCUGCGCUGCCGAUGGUGAAGCUGGAGCAGCAAGAAAUGCUGCAGGCUGUUGCUUCUGUAUAUCCGCAUCGAAUUGCUGCUUUUCUGCUGCAGCUGCAUGCAAGCAGCAGCAGAGGAGACCGGCAGCAGCAGCUGCAGCAGCAGCAGCAGCAGCAGGUUACUGCUGCCCAGAUGCUGCAGCAGAAGCAUCUGCAGCACCAGCAGCUGUACGAACAGCAGCAGCUGCUGCUGCAGCAACAGCACCAACGCAAGCAGCAGAUAUAUGAUCGUCAGCAGCAGCAGCAGCAGCAGCAAGAGGGAUUCGUGAUGCAGCAACAGCAGCAGCAAGAUGCAGAAUUAGAGGCCCUUCUAAGUGAACCUACAGCCAAGCUGGCUGCAGUUUUUCGUUCGUCUUCUGCUGUCUUUAAACCGCUUUGCGUCUACGGCUCGAGAGAAGAAUGCAGACAACAGCGAGGCCUCAAACCCUACUGCACCAACCUCCACUACAGAAAGAUUAUCGUUGAGGGCCUCACAGAUGAGCGAUUAGGUGACUGCAGCUAUUUGGAUACAUGCCGCCACAUUGAGAAGUGCCGCUUCGUUCAUUAUGAAUUCGAAGAAAGAGAAAAGGAGGAGCCUCUUCAUCCAUAUUCCAUUGGCCCUCAGUGCCUGACGGAGAAAUACCCAGCGCAGUGGAUCCGCUGCGACAUUCGGACUCUGGAUUUUUCAAUUUUUAAACCCUUCGUCGAUGUAGUAAUGGCUGACCCGCCUUGGGAUAUUCAUAUGGAUCUACCCUACGGCACUAUGACUGACGAUGAAAUGCGUAGCCUCAGGGUCGAUUUAAUCCAGGAUGAGGGUUUGCUGUUUCUGUGGGUUACCGGCAGAGCGAUGGAGCUCGCAAGGGAAUGCUUACAGCUUUGGGGCUACCGGCGUGUAGAAGAGAUAUUGUGGGUGAAGACAAAUCAACUGCAGAGGAUUAUAAGGACGGGGCGUACGGGUCACUGGCUAAACCACUCCAAGGAACACUGUCUUGUUGGGGUUAAAGGAAACCCUAAAGUAAACCGCAACAUCGACUGCGAUGUAAUUGUCAGCGAAGUGCGGCAAACAUCAAGAAAGCCUGAUGAAAUAUACAGAAUAAUCGAGCGCAUGCGGCCAGGUACUUUGAAGGUGGAGCUGUUUGGAAGGCAGCACAACAUCCGUAACAACUGGAUAACCCUUGGGAAUCAGCUGGAAGGGGUUAAACUGGAGGAGCCUGCGGAGCUCGCUCAAAGAUAUCAUGCAUUUGCGCAGCAGCAGCAGCAGCAGCAACAGCAGCAGCAGCAGCAGCAGCAGCAGCAGCAGCAGCCGCAGCAGCAGCAGCAGCAGCAAGGGUCUUUGGCUGGAGGAGACACCUCAGAUAGUCUCGGGGCUGAAGAUCUGAGGUUUGUGGCCUUAAUGAGACCGCAGCGGAUGGGCGGUGAAGUCGAGGUGUCGCCGCUGCUGCUGCUGCGCUGCAGCAGCAAAUACCGCCCCGGUCUUCUAUUUAAACCCCACGCUGCUGCUGCUGCUGCUGCUGCUGCUUCCAAGGUGUACGUACACCGCAGAGGGGCACUACCGCAGCAGCAGCAGCAGCAGCAGCAGCAGCAGCAGCAGCAGCGGCAGCAGUUGGAAUACGAUUCCAGUCCCCAACAGCAAGAGCAGCAGCAACAGCAACAGCAGCAGCAAGAGCAGCAGCAGCAGCUGCAGCAGCAGCAGCAGCAGCGCCGGAAGCAGAAGCAGCAGCUGCUGCUGCAGCAGCUCCGCCGUCUGACGCACGCUCACCUAAAUUGUCUAUCGCUGAAGGUUUGUCCGUCUUUCGUUGGCUGCUCUUCUCUAGAGGUAAGCAGGAACAAGGGAGGAAAGCUGUCAGCCGUAGUAUCUAUUGUAGUAUAUUUAUAUGCAAAUGAGCUGACAGCGCUGCCUCCUUUGAACUGUUUACCGGUGCUGCAGCGGCUGUACAUACACCGCAAUAAAAUUUGUUGUCUUUCUUCUUUAAUUAACAUGCGACAUUUAAUUGAAGUGGACGCAUCUUACAACUGUAUUAAAACCCUCAAAGGGUUAACAGGCUGCCCUCAGCUGCAAACCCUCUACCUAGACAAUCAACAACCCCAGCAGCAGCAGCAGCAGCAGCAGCAGCAGCAGCAGCAGAAGCAGCAGCAGGAGAAGCAGCAGCAGGAAAAAGAGCAGCAGGACGGACAACAACAACAGCAACAGCAGCACCAGCAGCAGCAACAGCAGCAUCAACAGCAGCAACAGCAGCAGCAAGAGCGGCAGCAGCAGCAGCAGCAGCAACAGCAGCAGCAGCAGCAGCAGCAGGAAGAAGAAGAGGGUUUAUGUUUCUCUGCAGAGACUUUAAACGCUUUAUCUUCGUCUCUGCUAUUUUUAAGAAUCAGAGACAACAAAAUAAAGUCUAUAAAUAAUUUAAGCUGUCUGCAUGCAUUGAAGAGGCUUGAUGCUGCGAACAACUUAAUAAAAGAAGUGCAGCAGCUGCAGCAAGUGCUGCUGUGCUGCAGCAAACUUCAACAUUUAAAUCUUGAAGAAAACCCUCUCAGCAGCAAGAAGGGAUUAGACAAUCAUUUGCUGCUGCUGUCCCUCUGCAGCAGCAAGCUUCAAACUCUAAAUGGUCGUCUGCUGCUGCAGCAUGAACAGAGAAGAGCUUCUAUGCUGCUGCGACGUGCUAACAGCAGCAGCAGCAGCAGCAGCAGCAGCAGCAGCAGCAGGGGGCAGAACGUUGCUCUAUCCAAAAGCAGCAGCACAAUCAACAGAGCAGCAACAGCAGCAGCUAGAGAUGCACAAGCAGCACAUUUGCUGCAGCAGCAAACACACCACAGACGCCGCAGCUGCAAUGCAUUCUACAGGAGCAGCAGCAGCAGCAGCAGCAGCAGCAUCGGCAGGAGCUGCGUGGCCUGCAGCACCGCUACGAACCAACUGCAGCAGCAGCAGCAAACAUCAACAGGAGUCGGAGCAUUUGCACACCGCAUUUGCUGCUGCAGUUCUUCGCCCUCAAAGCAGCAAGCAGACAGCAGCAGCAGCAGCAGCAGCAGCAGCUGUAGCAAUACCUGUAGCAAUGAUUGCAGCUACAGCAGCAGCAGUACAAACAGCAGCAGCAGCAAUAGCAGCAGCAGCAGCCCUGCAGCAUCUCCAGCUGCUCCCUUAGAUACCGUAACGCAACCCUCAUGCUGCGAUUCGAAGCAGCAGCAGCAGCAGCAGCAGCAGCAGAAGCAGCAGCAGCAUGUGCGGCUGAAGUUGCCUCUGAAAGGAGUUUGGCGGCGUGCAGUUCCCGUGCAGCAGCAGCAGCAGCAGCAGCAGCAGCAGCAACAGCAGCAGCAGCAGCAGCAGUUGAGGCUACGGCUGCAUCAGAAGCUGCAAGGAGAGCUGCAGCAGAUGACAGCAAUAACAGAAGGCUUGUGGAAAUCGCUGCAGCAGCAGCAGCAGCAGCAGCAGCAGCAAUUGCAGCGGCUCGCGCAGCAGGAAACACCGCGGCGGCGACGCCAGCAGCAGCUGCAGCAGCUGCACCCACAACAGCAGCAGCAACAGCAACAGCAGCAGCAGCAGCAGCAACAGCAGCAGCAACAACAACAGCAGCACCAGGAGCAGCAGCAGCCGCAGCAGCAGCAGCAACUGCUGCAGCUACCUGCAAACGAAGACAUGUGCUGCGCCAGACAAGAAGCAGCAGCAGCAGCAGCAGCAGCAGCAUUUUCUGCUGCUAGCUACAGCUAG